CUCGAGGCUGUGGAAAAGCAAACCGGCGGAGUAGCGACCAGCGACGACAAAGACGAGGAAGCAAUUGCGACGAUAUCCAACGUGCCGAGAUAGCACGGAACUCUUAACCUGCACAGUGGCAACUCUGCGCCCGGAGAACCCGUCCUGCAACGAGGAGCGAAAGACGGGGGAGCCGCAUCACCAAAACACCACGUCCUUUAUUCACAGCAUCACCACCGCAGCCGCAGCCAUGGCCGUCCAACCAGCCUACCACGAAUCCCUCCCUUACAUCGACCCGGAGCCCACCCCCGACGCCCUCUCCGCGGCCCGCGCCCUCAUCGCCGCCGAGGCAUCCUCCUCCGCGCAAGCACCGCCCGCCGCCUCCGCCGAGCCGUCCUUCUCCCCCGCGAUCCAGGCCGAGCUGGCCCGCAUCGCCGCCUCGGCGCCGCAAACGCCCCUCGACCUCGCCCGCUACGAGGCGCCCUCCGACUCCGCCCCGCCGGCGACCGCCCUGCCCGCCGCCGCCGUCGCCCACAGCUACCUCGCGGCGCGCCUCACCAACCUGGCCCUGCUGGACCGCUGGGGCAAGAACGCUUGGCUGCUGGGUAACCAUGGGCUCGAGGCGGAGCUGCAGAGCCUCGAGCGAGACCUGGCCGCCACCAAGCGCGAGGUCGACCUGGUCAACCUGGAGCGCCGCAACCGCCAGGACGCCGUCGCUGCCGAGGUCACGACGCUCGACGAGACCUGGCGCGCCGGCGUAGGCCGCGUCCUCGAGACUGAGGUGGCGGUUGAGGAACUGCGGAGCAGGAUCCGUGAGGAGCUGGCGCGCAAGGCGGCCGAGGGUGUCCAGCAGGGACAGUAAAGACACAGACGCCCAAGUAGAGUGAUAGAGGAACUAGGUGCGGGAUCUGCAGUGCGGAAAUGCACACGAAACUUGAGAGCAUCUUAUCGAGAUGGGCGUAUUGAUACCAUGGAGGUUUCUUUUAUGGCGAGUACUAUAACUAGAC